AUGCUUUCUUUAGCCGACGGUUUGGAUUGUAAUUGUUCAGGUCAUUCAACACCUUGGACAGGAUGGCCAAGUAGUUCUUUAAUUAAUGGAGGAAAUAAUGUUGAAAUGCCUAAUAUCAAUCCCUAUAAUAUUCCUCAUCAAAUUAUUCCUCCAACAAAUAAUCGAGUGAUUAAUCCUUUAAGUAUUGCGGGGAAUGGACAAUUUAUUCCAAUGGGAGGCUUUCGGCCUUCAAUGGGUGGCUGGAAUGGUGGAGUACAACAACCACACCAACAACAAUUUAUUAGCUCCAAUCAACUUUUUCCUUAUCCACAAACAUUUAAUAUGCCAGAAACUUUAAAGAAAAGAGCUGUUUAA